ACCGAAAAGUAUAAAAUAGAAAUCUAGAAAUAAAAAUAUUGACUGAAAUUGUCAACUGAUCUCAUAAAAAAAUUUCUGAAAAAUAAUCAGUUUUAAAUACUCCUUGUUUAAACAACGAUUGCAUAAAGAAUUUGGGGGUUUCACCAGGUGUUCUCCCACAUCCAACCCCUAAUUCUCCACACAGCAAUGCACACAACUCUAACCGAAGUUGGAUUUAAAGUAGCCACAGACUCACGUGGACAAUCCCGCCUUUGUGUCGCCCUCGCCGAGCGAUCUCGCUCAACCUCGCGCGGGAAUGAAGGAGCGCUAUAGACUUCAGCCAUUUUGGUGCUAUCGACGGAUGAGGCUUUGGGCAGUUUUCACGGUGCCGUCGUCGCCCUAGUGUAGCUGCAGACCAGCAAAAUCUCCCCUCGUAUUCCUUCCUCCCUGCAAUGCACAGCAAUAAAUAUCGAACUUCACAAUGAAACGGUCAUCAUUUGGAGAGCUUCUUUUACUGUCGGAGUAAAUCGUUGAGCACAGUGCAAGGAGCAUUUAUUCAGCAGGCAGUUUCCCGAUUGUUUAUUGCCCCGGGGAUACUCAGGCAACUUUUAACCACCCUGCUACUGAAGUCAACACAGACUGAAUCUGGGAUUUUCCAGAUUUAUUUAACUUGACAUCAAUCCAGAUUCUACAAGGAGGGCUCAGCCAUGGCUACCCCUAACGACAGCUUGCAUGUCAACAACAGUGAUGAGUGCUAUGGUUAUAGCUGCAGGUGUUGGAUAUCUUUGGAUUACAAGGCACUGGACAUGUCAAUGUUUUUUUUCUAUCUAUUCAUUCUUUUAGUAGGUCUGAUAGAAAAUAUCAUUGUCAUUUGGAUAAACUGGCGGAUGGAAGGGUCCAGGAAAGAAAGCAACCUUUACAUUUUUAAUAUGGCUAUCGCUGACAUGUGUGCCGUUUUAUUCAUCCCAUUAAGGAUGGCAGAGACUUUUUACAAUUACCACUGGAUCUGGGGAGACUUUCUGUGUAAAUUUGAUUCCUUCAUUUAUUUUGUCACUCUGUACAGCAGCAUUUUCUUCCUCACCUGCUUUAGUGUCGACAGAUACAUCUCGCUGCGAUACCCAUUCCAAGCCCAGGGAUCAAGAGACCGUCAAAUCCGUAGGAUGGUGUGCGUGUGCAUGUGGACUGUGGCGGUACUACUAUCCAUACCACAGUUUGUACAUUCUGAAAUUUUUGAAGUUGUGUAUAUUUAUUGCUACUUAUCUCAUAUGUUAUCUUUGUAUGUUACAAGCUCUCUGACAUUAAUUCUUGGAUUUAUCAUUCCUUUGCCUAUAAUUAUAUUGAGUAAUAUUUUCACUGCAAGAGCUGUGAAAAAUUCCAGUAACACAGAAAGCAUAAAAACCAGUAAAAUAAUAUAUGGUUACAUCAUAGCAUUUUUGCUAUGCUGGUUACCGUUUUAUGUAAUUGUAUUUCUUUCCUUGCUGGAUACAUUUCUUGACUGUGUUGUGCAUCAGUUAGUAUAUUUCUUGUAUGACAUGGUGGAGUGCCUCAGCUUUUCCCACUGUAUCAUAAAUCCCAUUCUCUACAACUUUAUACACAAAGAUUUUCGGGAUCAUUUAACAGCCAGCAUUGUGAAGUAUAUGCCCAAACGAUAUGUCAAGGAGGAUGAUGAUAUUUCUAUUUCUUCAGACACCAGACAUAUUGUGGUCAUUACGUGAUUUAAUCCCUUGACAAGGAGGAGAAACUGAGGGUGUUACUGAUUCGGUCAAAAUGAUCUGCCAGUUUUUUUUUCUUCUAUUGCUAGUUCUUGUUUCAAUGUUAUUUGUUAUGAUCCUAGCUGAUGGUAAUAUGGACAUCUCAGAUCCCAGAUUGAAACCUGGUUUGAUAGACCAUAUGUUUAACUUUUGCAAUUGGUUCUGUGGUGGUUAAUCACUGAAACAUAUCUACAUGAGGUUGCAGAUAUUCUAAAAUAACAACAUAAAUUUAAACCACAAAAGAAAGAAAACAAACAAAGCUGUAUGUAUACACAUAUAUAAGUAAAAUUAUUAGAAAGACCUUAACAAAAACAAAAAAAAAUUCAACCUGGUUCCCAGUACUAUCCUUUUACAGAUACUCAAUUUCAGAGAGAUUUUACUCCUUUCAGAACACUUAAGUUUUUACUGCAUUUUCUGCAGUCACAUGCUUUCUUGGAGCUAAUGCACUUAAGUCACUGUUCCAAAUGACUUGUUUAAUAAAAAAAAAUUACCUUCACAGGACUGACCCAAAUAAAAAUCCCAAAAUUGAUACAGUACACCUUUCAUUACAAUUGAAAGUCAUAUGGGCAUCUUAUUUCAAUUGAAAUAUUUUGUUAGAAGAAGGAUGCAAAUGAGGUGGAGAAGGUGGCUCGAUGGCUGGCACAUGAUGUUGCUUCACAAAUGUAGAACAUUCCCAAGUUUUCAUCUCUUUACGUCUUGCAUCAGUCUCUGGAAGCUCUUGGGACCUGACUUUGGAGUCUCUCAUCCACGAGUACCAAGAACAACCCCCCUCUCAAGCCUUCAGCCUACUGAAAUCACAUAGCACAAAUCCGAGAGUUAGGAUUAAAAGCUUGAAAAUAAUUGACUUGUGUGGGAUUUGUGGGUUGGAUUGUCAUCAAUCAUGGGCUGAAAAUUGUCACUGUUUGGAAACCUCUGUAUUAUUGUACCGAGCUAAUUUGUGGAGGGAUUCAGCUCCCUGACCACAUUGUGCAUUCCUAGAGAUCCAAGGCUCCAAGUCACUUGUACACAGACAGGAAGGGGUUGGGGGGGAGUGGGGAAUAACUCUGUGCCUCUUCCUAACUAGUUACACAACAGCAAUUGAUUUUUCUCUUAUCAUUUGGUACAGGGGGUAUAGAUCUGAGUUGGCAGAAACCAAGUGGAUAAAUGAUGAAAAUAAGACAAAUGAAAUACACAAGCUUCAUCCAUGUGUCUGAUUAAGAGUUGUUUUGGUUUAGUUAAUGACAGUCUCACUUCCACGUUUGAACAUUGUGGCUUCAUACCCUUGUUCAGGAUUUGAGUAUAAUAAUCUAAGCAAACCAUUUAGUAUUGUGGUGAGGAAUAUCACAUUAUCAGAAUUGUAUGAGCCUGUAAACAGAGACCCUGUUCUAUUAGAUUAGGUUGAUGUUAAUGACAUUACUUAAGGACAAGUGAGUUUUCAGGAAUUUUCUUAGUAUCCUAAUACAACUCCUGAUCUAAAUGAUUGUUCUUUGAUUGCUUUGCUGUUUGUAGAUCACUGCUGUGCGCAAAAUGGUUAUCAUAUUUGCCUACAUAAGUGAACAUACUUCAAAAAGUACUUAAUUGUGAGGGAAGUGAUUUGAGGAAGAUGUGUUUUCUAAUCACAAAGCUUUCUUUCUUAUGAACUGCUCUCCUUCCACCUCUAUCUCAUUUCCUCUUUUAAGAUGGCCCUUUCAACCAACCUCCCUGACCAAGCUUUUGAGUAUUCGCUCUAAUAUCUUGUUUAGUUUGGUCUCAUGUUCUUAACAAUACUCCUGCAAUUAUUGAAUAUUCUAUUUAAUUAAGAGCGCUAUAUAAAUAAGUUUUCUUACUCACGCAUUAGCCUAUGGCUCAGUUGGUGAAAGCAGCACAAUCAUUACAGACUAGAUAGACUAUGGUUCAAUUCCUGGUCUGUGCUGAGUUAGCUGCUUUCAGGUAGAGCACUAUUAGCAGUGCUGCAAUAAACCUCAGCAGUUCUAAUUAGCAGAAAAUCUAGCAUGGCUACUACUCUCAACAGGAAAGCAUAUAAAUGUGGGCAGAAGUGAUCUUGACAGUGAUGUUCUUAUGUAGCAUUUUGAAAAGAUAUGAUAAGGUGCUAUAUGACUCCACAGUUGCCAUGCUAACCGCCGAGUUAAUACCUGAAUUCAGCACUUGAACAAGCUCACUAAACCACACAGUGACCUUCUGAUGGGGUGGGAGAAUA